GAAGAGGAAGAUCAACAGGACAGUUUGCAUCGUUUCACAGCUGGAAAAAAAUAUUUGAGGUGUUCACAGACUGAAAAGUUUUACACACAAAGAAAAGCUCAAAAGACUGGAAAAACUAAACGUGAUUUCACUUGCCUCCAGUCUGGAAAUAGUUAUAAUCAAAAAGGAAACCUUAAAGUCCACAGUGGGGAGACCCCUUUCAGUUGCCAACACUGUGGAAAAAGUUUCACUUAUAAAGUAAGUUUUGACAGGCAUAUAAAAAUUCAUACUAAAGAAAAACCAUUCACCUGCCAACACUGUGGGAAAAGUUUUGCUCACCAUGCAAACCUUAAAGUCCACAUGAGAAUACACACCGGUGAGAGUCCCUUCACCUGCCAACAAUGCGGAAAAAGUUUCCGUCAUCAAGGAAACCUUAGUCACCACAUGAGAAUUCACACUGGAGAGAAGCCUUACACUUGCCAACAGUGUGGAAGAAGUUUUAGACAACAAGGAAGCCUUAGCAACCACAUGAGAAUUCACACUGGAGAAAAGCCUUACACUUGCCAACAGUGUGGAAGAAGUUUUGCUCAACAUUGGAACCUUGAAGAGCACAUGAGAAUUCACACUGGAGAGAGUCCCUUCACUUGCCAACUGUGUGGAAAACGUUUCAGUCAUCAUGGAAGCCUUAGUCACCACAUGAGAAUUCACACUGGAGAAAAGCCUUACACCUGCCAACACUGUGGAAAAAGUUUUGUUCAACACGGAAACCUUAAAGCCCACAUGAGAAUUCACACUGGAGAAAGUCCCUACACUUGCCAACUGUGUGGAAAAGGUUUCAGUCAACAAGGAAGCCUUAGCCACCACAUGAGAAAUCACACUGGAGAGAAGCCUCACACCUGCAAUCAGUGUGGAAAGAGUUUCACUCAUAAAGCAAGCUUUAACAGGCACAAAAUAAUUCACACUCGAGAGAAGAAUCCUUUCCCCUGUCAACAGUGUGGAAAAUGUUUUGCUCAACAUUGGAAUCUUAAAGUCCACAUGAGAAUACACACUGGUGAGAGUCCUUUCACUUGCCAACAAUGCGGAAAAAGUUUCUGUCAUCAAGGAAACCUUAGCCACCACAUGAGAAUUCACACUGGAGAAAAGCCUUACACCUGCAAACAGUGUGGACAAAGUUUCUCUAGUAAAGCAAGCCUUAACUGGCACAUGACUGUUCACACUGGAGAGAAGCGUUACACAUGCCCCCAGUGUGGAAAGACUUUCCAUCAGCAUGGAAACCUUAACACCCACAUCAGAAUUCACACUGGAGAGAAGCCUUUCACCUGUCAACAGUGUGGACAAAGCUUCACUCAUAAAGGAAGCCUUGACUGGCACAUGAGAAUUCACACGGAAGAAAAGCCUUGUACCUGCCAACAUUGUGGAAAAAGUUUCAAUUAUAAAUUAAGUCUUGACCGGCAUAUAAAAAUUCACACUGGAAAAAAACCUUAGACCUGCCAGCAGUGUGGUGAAGGUUUUGCUCAAUGUGUAAACCUUGAUGUCCACAUGAAAAUACACACUGGAGAGAGUCCCUUCACUUGCCAACACUGUGGAUAAAGUUUCAGUCAUAAAGGAAACCUUAACUUGCACAUGAGAAUUCACACUGGAGAAAAGCCUUACACCUGCAAACAAUGUGGAAACAUUUUUACUCGAUGAAGAAACCUUAAAUUUCAUAUGAUAAUACACAACUGGAGUCCUUUCACUUACCAACAGUGUGGAAAAGUUUUGGUCAUAAAGUCACUCAUGCCAACAAAGUGUAGAUGUAGUUUCCCUCAAAAUGUAAACUUAAACUGGCACAUAUGAAUUCACACAGAAUAUAAGCCUUACACCUGGCAACAGCAUUUAAAGAGUUUUACUCAGCAUGAAAACCUUAGAAUCCACGAGAAUUUGCACCACAGUAAAAUCCUUACACCUGCCCCCUGCAAAGUGAGUAGAAGUGUCAAAGAUGGAUCAGUACCAACUGUUUGUCCAAUUUCGUAUUCAGAACAUGUUAAUAUAGCAUUGUGUAUUGUGAAUGUGCUUGUUAGCACGCUGUACGGGAGCUUCCAGUUGAACGGGCACGCCGGCGCGUUUGGCUGCCGCUCCUUUCUCCCGUCAAACACUUGGUAUAAAUGGAUAUUCUUGUUUUCUUCUUUUCCUGAAAAAAGUUUACCAUCGUGGUGUGAAAUCGCGUUACAUUCAUUGGACUACUGCUGCUAUCUCUGGGUGUUUGCGGAUCAUUUGUCAUCAACAGCUGUCUGACCCAGGACUUACACAAUUGUGAUGUUAUUCGCAUGGACACCUUUACCAUGGUCUUAAGGUACACUUCUCGCCAGCUGCUGAACCUUAAUGGGAAUUAUGCUUUGGGGACUGAACCACGCUCACUUUGUAAUACCUGCGGAAUUCUUUGCCCAAAACGUUACCUACAUCGAUCAUCUCGGUGUGGGUACCUUGGUUCAUCUCAAAAUAAUGUUUUUUAUCCGAUAGCACAUCGUAAACUGCUGAAGUCGCCAUGGAGACCAACGGGGGCUGAUUUUAAUAACUUGGCAGACAUACGUGAGGAGGCUACACCUGGCUUAGCCGCUCCGGUGUGAUUGCUGAAAUCUGCACUGAUAAAUGUGCGCUCGGUUAAUAACAAAGCCUUGAUUGUAUCUGACCUUAUAGUAGAUCAAGACUGGGAUCUCAUUUGCUUAACAGAAACCUGGCAUAAAGAGUCUGAUGGUGUACUUUUUAAUGAACUGACUCCUGAGGGAUAUGGAUUAUGCAAUCUCCCGCGCUCAACAGGUAGAGUAGGUGAUAACAUUGUGCUGUUUAAACAGCCUCUUGGAGUAUGUACUGUGGAUAUCCCUUCGUUCACCUCAUUUGAAUGCCUUGCCUUAAGUGUUUCAGCUUCAUUAUCAACGGUCAUUGUGACCGUGUACAGGCCUCCCAAGGGUAACAAAGAAUUUACAUCUGACUUUGCUGAAUUACUAUCUGUGUUGGUUUAAAAAUUUCAGAGAAUUCUAAUACUUGGUGAUUCUAAUAUUCACAUGGACAAAAAAGACACGUCAGCAAUGAGACUUUACAUCUUUAUUAGAGUGCUUUGAGCUACACCAAGUGGUGGACUGUCCUACGCACAACAAAGGCCACAUAUUAGAUCUUGUGAUUCAAAAUGGUACAUUUGUGUCUCAGUUGUCAGUAUCUGAUUUUGGGCUAUCCGAUCACUUAGCCAUAUUUUUCAAUGUGGAGCUACCUGAUAUAUCUACUUCUACUUCCUGUAUUAUUCAUUACCGCAAGUGGAGAUCUAUCGUGCCCACUGACUUCUCAGACUUUAUUCAUUCUGGUACUAGCUGUAUUAUACCAUCUGAUGCAUUGGAUGACAAAGUAAAUAGGCUGUAUACAAUUUUUUCAUCCGGCCAGGACACUUUUGCUCCUCUGAAGUCACGUGCGGUCUCUUUUAAACGAUCUGCCUCAUGGUAUAACAAUGAUCUGCGCGCAAUGAAAACUCAGUGUCGCAAAAUGGAGCGCAAAUGGCGCUCUACUGGUUUAACAGUGUAUCAUCAGGCCUGGAAAGAAAACUUGGGUGAAUAUAGGGCUGAAAUUGUAUCGACAAGGUCUACUUACUUUUCCCAAAUUAUUUCAAGUAAUCAAGAUAACCCUAAAAAAUUUUUUAAUUCAAUCAACAAUCUUUUAAACAGAAAUAAUAUUUACACUUUUUCUGCUUCUAUUCAAUUAUGUAACAGGUUUCUUGUGUUUUUUGGCAAUAAGAUUGAGGGGAUAAGAGAUCAGAUUAUUACUACAAAUACAUUUGUUACCCCAAAACUAAAUAACAUAGAAUUCUCUAGUGAUAAUCUUUCAGAAUUCUCCAUGGUAGAUUCUCAAUCCUUAUGUAAUGUGGUUUUAAAAAUGAAGGCUACCACCUCAAUUGUUGAUCCUAUAUCAUCUAAGUUGUUUCAGUCAUGCUUUUCUUCAUUGUGUCCAGCUGUUUUAAAUAUUAUAAAUUAUUCUGUCUUCUGGUGUUGUGCCAUCAGCACUUAAAAUUGCCGCUGUUACACUUGAGAACAGCGGCCAUGACUUUGAGAAUCUAACAAAUUUUCGUCCCAUCUCUAAUCUGCAUUGUAUUGCUAAAAUCUUAGAACAUAUUGUUGCAUCACAAUUGCUCUCUCAUCUGUCUGCAAAUAACCUCUUUGAACCUCUUCAAUCUGGUUUCCGUAAAAUGCAUAGCACUGAGACAGUAUUAGUCACAAAUUACUUAUUGAUGGCUUCCGAUUCUGCACGCUUAUCAAUAUUGAAUUUGCUUGAUCUCAGUGCCGCUUUUGACACUAUUGAUCAUUGUACCUUACUUUCUAGCCUAAAGUCUGUAUUUGGUGUAUCUGACUCUGCUCUAAGCUGUUUUAAGUCUUAUCUCUUAUCUCUCAGAUUGCAAACAAUUUGUUGUGCUGGGUGGCUGCAGAUCUGAGGUUGGCGUGGUAAAAUAUGGUGUACCUCAGGGUUCAAUUUUAGGUCCUUUACUUUUUAGCCUUUAUAUUUUUCCUCUUGGCCAACUUUUGAGGUCUCUUG